AUGAUUAUUCUUAGCGUCUUCUUCGUGAUGUUAGCCAUCGCAUACCUUGGAACAGCUCGCCAGGAGUCUCUUGUAGCUACAGCACAUACAGUAUCCGGUGCCAUUCGUGACACUGUCCACUUCUUCUACAUGUAUGCUGUGGUCCCGAGCUUCGUUGUAUUGGGAGCAGCGGCAGUCGUUCUUGCCAUGUAUUUCGGACAUAAAAAAUGGGUCCAACUGAAGGAGAAGGAAGAAGCUGCAUUUUACGAUUUAGUGGACAAGAUUCUGGAUAUUGUAAGAGAAGCCAAUGAGAACGGCGAGGAGUACAUAUCGAUACCGCAUGUGAGAGACGUGAUGUUCCCUCCUGCCAAG